AUGGAGGAAACCCCACACUAUUCGCGUGUGGCGGAUGAGGCAGAGUCCAUAAAUGUGGUGACGGGCCGUAGCAUCUACUAUGGGAUGAGGCCUUGGCGGUGCGAUGAUCGUUUCCAGGACUUGUUAGCCUCGUUCUUGCACAUGGAUUCUUUAAUUGUGCAGUUGCAUCUGACGAAGUUGCUGUGGCGUUGUAGUCGUUCCGAGAAGGGGGCGGAGCCUGUCGAUGGGUACAAACGAUUAGGAAGGGGGGAGGUCAUGUUUUUUGUGGAUCGGUACCGGAGUGGCAUGAUGCGCACGGGCGUCUUUGAGAAGUACCCUUACAAUCAAAAUGAGUUGCAACGCAUCAUUGAAGAGGACGGUUUGAAGAUGCGUGUGUGGAGGCACCAACGCGAACUUGAAAUUGAGUCAAAGCAAGGGAAGAUUGACGACCUUCUUCGUAUGAAUGUUGUGAAGAAUACUGAACGGACCCACUCCGAUUGA